AAUCCUUAAAAAAAAAAAAAAAAAAAUUAAAUUCAUACACAAAUUCCUCUAUAAAUUAAAAUCUCUUUUUUACGUUUCAAACUAAAAAAACUUUGUAAAUUCCUUUUUUUUUUCUUACUCUAUAUAUAAAUUUCAUUUUUUCUCUCCAUAAAAAAUAAUUAUCAACUUUAUCACUGCUCAUUUUCUUCUUAUACAACACAAAUUUUUAAUUUUUUUUUUUCGUAUAGCAUAUGAACAGAGUUGAAGUGGAAUUGAAUUAAAGCAGUGCAGGUAGGUUGCAGUGGUGCUUUGUGAUAAUAACAAGUAAUAAGAGGAAUGUUUGAUAUAUUGGUAGGGACUGCGGUAUGGAGAAGGAUAGAAUUUUUUUUGGCAAUCGAGCUGGCGGCUAUGUUGUUUAAAUAUAGUUCGUAUUGAACAAUCAUUCUAGUACCAUCACCAGGAUUUGGGUAUAAAGAAGUACAAUUGCGUGAUCUUCCAUUCCAACUGUUAAAAAACAAAAAUCAGAAUUAUCUUAGCCUUCUUAGCUGAGCCCUGCAUUAACGUGCUCGCUCUAUUCAGGUAUAAUGUCGUGUGAGCCGGAAUAUGAUGCUGCUCGUGGGGUUCUUAGUUUUCUCGAUGUGGACCAACUUUUUAGUUCCAACUAUUACGGUGACAGUACACAGCAUGGCAUUGAAAUCUGUCAUGAACAAUAUUCCACAGAAAACCCUUAUCACCCAUCAUAUUGCAAUGUUGACAAUGAUGAGGUUAUUGCUCAUGCUCUACAAGAAGAAUGGUCAGAGUUGUGCAUUACAGAAGAUGCUCAAUCUUCACAUGCAGAUGACCAGUACUUGCAAGCCUCCACUGGUGUACAGCAUUGGCAUGGUUCUCCAAGGGAGUAUUAUGCCGGGCAUGAUGCUGGUGUGGAAGCUAAUGAUGUAGGGCCUUCAAGUUCUUGCUCUAGUCCUGGAGACAGAUCAUACGAUGGAGAAGAGUAUGCUUACACAUUGGAAAUACAAGAUGAAUUUGAGAUUGAUGGAGAAGUAGGGAAGAGAAUAAACCAGCUGAGUGCUAUUCCUCAUGUUCCUAGAAUAAACGGAGACAUACCUUCAGUUGAUGAAGCAACAUCUGACCACCAAAGGCUGCUAGAUAGAUUGCAAUUAUUUGACUUGGUGGAGCACAAAGUGCAAGGGGAUGGAAAUUGUCAGUUCCGUGCUUUAUCAGAUCAAUUCUAUCGUGGUCCUGAGCACCACAAAUUUGUCAGACAGCAAGUAGUCAAUGAGCUUAAAGAACAUCCGGAGAUAUAUGAGGGGUAUGUCCCAAUGGCAUAUGAUGAAUACUUGAAGAGGAUGUCCAAGAAUGGGGAAUGGGGAGAUCAUGUUACGUUGCAGGCUGCCGCUGACUCGUAUGGCGUGAAAAUUCUUGUUAUAACGUCAUUCAAAGACACAUGUUACAUUGAGAUCCUUCCGAAGAAUCAAAAGUCAAAUAGAGUCAUAUACUUGAGUUUCUGGGCGGAGGUGCACUACAACUCAAUCUACCCUCAAGGAGACUUCCUGCCAUGUGAUGAUUUUAAGAAGAAGAAGAAGAAGUGGAGUUUUUGGAACAAGCAUUAAGAGUUCUUGACCUGUUUUAUUCAAGCUAAACUUUACCUACCUGCAAUGGCAUCAUCUCGGUUACGGUACAGAGGUUCCGGGUCACGUACUUACUUUACAUUACAACAACAGCUAUGCCUCAAUCCCGAGCAAGUUGGGGGUCAACUAGCUUUGCAUUAUUUUUUCUAUAUGAUAAAUAGUACUUACUUUAUAUUCUUAUAAUUGUUCACAUAAUUAUUAACAUAUAGUACUAGUUUGUUCUAAGUUGGCAUACUAAGAUCAUAUUGUUAUAUUCAUAUUUUGUUUCUCUUCAAA